AUGUCUACUGUGCCGCUGCGGGUGGCAGUGGUGUGUGCCAGCAACCAGAACCGGAGCAUGGAGGCCCACUACUUUCUCAGCAAACGGGGAUUCAGCGUCCGGUCCUUUGGAACGGGAACUCACGUGAAGCUCCCGGGCCCCGCACCCGACCGGCCCAACGUUUACGAUUUCCGAACCACCUAUGACCAGAUAUACAACGAUCUCGUCAGCAAGGACAGAGACCUCUACACGCAAAAUGGCAUGUUACAUAUGUUGGAGCGUAACAAAAGGAUCAAGCCCCGGCCGGAGAGGUUCCAGAACUGCCAGGACGUGUUUGAUCUGAUUGUCACCUGCGAAGAGAGUGUGUACGACCAGGUGGUGAAAGAUAUGAAUUCCAGAGAGCAAGUGACCUGCCAGCCGGUGCACGUGAUCAACGUGGACAUCGAGGACAACGACGAAGAGGCCACCGUGGGCGCGAUCCUCAUCUGCAAGCUGUGCCAGUGCAUUCAGGACACUGAGGACAUGGAGGACGAAUUGGACGAGCUGUUGCAGGAGUUCGAGGAGAAGAGCGGCAGACCCUUCCUGCACACCGUGUGCUUCUACUGA